AUGUGUGGCACCGCUUGUGCAGAGUCUGUUCCAAGGCUACAACUCGACGAUUCUGGCAUACGGCCAAACGGGCGCGGGCAAGACAUUCACGAUGGGUACCGAGUCGACGGUCGGCAUCGAGCUAGAGAUGCGGGGCGUGGUGCCGCGUGUCGUCGACCACGUCUUUUCGCUCGUAGAACACGAGAUCAAGAACAACAACAAGUCUAUAGUGCUCAAAGUAUCGUUUCUCGAGCUGUACAACGAAGAGAUUCGCGAUAUGCUGUCGCCAAUGGUCGAGACGGGCGACGGAGGGCUGGCUAUCCGCGAGACGGCCAGUGGCGAGGUAUGCAUCCCGGGCUUCAGCGCGACUUGCAUCCCGACGAGCUACUAGCUGCCGAUGGCGACGGCAUCGAGCCGUCCAUCCCCGACGAGCUCAUUGCCGAGGGUGCCGGCGUCAUCCGCUCCAAAUUCCAUUUUGUCGAUUUGGCCGGCUCCGAACGUGUCAAGAAAACAAAGGCAGAGGGUCAGCGUCUCAAAGAGGGUAUCAACAUCAACAGCGGUCUCUUGGCACUCGGCAAUGUCAUCAGUGCACUCGGAGACACACGUCGUACCACCAAACCCAAACACGUCCCCUAUCGUGACUCCAAAUUAACCCGUAUGCUACAAUCCUCACUCGGUGGUAAUAGUCGUACUCUUAUGAUUGCUUGUAUUAGUCCUGCUGAUUCAAAUUUUGAAGAAACUCUCAAUACAUUAAAAUAUGCAUAUAGAGCAAGAAAUAUUAUGAACAAACCAGUUGUAAAUGUUGAUCCAAUGACCAAACAAAUCAACUUUUACAAAAGUCAAAUACAAAUAUUAAAAGAUGAAUUGGUUAAAAAGAAUAAUUAUAAAGAACAGGAUGUUGAAUCUUUAAUUGGUGACUUGGAACCAAGUCAAUUCUCAACAUUGAUUACUUCUCCAAUUAAAUCAAUUCCAAAACCAAAUUUAUUUGACAAUAAUAAUAAUCAAAAUAAUAAUAAUAAUCAAUCAUCAUCAAAUAAUAAUAAUAAUAACCAAUCUUCUAUGGCAUCUACUUCAUCUACUUCUACAUCUGAAAUUAUAAAUAAUAUAAUGAUGUCACCAACUCAUUUAAAUAAUGUAAAGUUUCAAGAGAAUAUGAGAGUGUCACAAUUAGAGUUUGAAAACAAUAUGUUGCAAGAGAUAUCGAAUCGUGUCACAUCAAAGUAUAAAUUAUUAUUGACUAAAUACAAGGGUAUGGAGGAAGCAGCCUAUGGGUUUAUCAAUGGCUAUACACCAACUAAAGAUCCCAACAACGAAUAUUUGGAUUUGUUUAAUAGUUUUGAUUCGAUUCUAAACAGUGAACAUCACCAAAAACAAAUGACACAGGAUGGUGGUGGUGGUGGAUCUGAUACAGAACCAGAGGAUACAUCCCCAACAUCAACAACAUUUACAUAUCCACUAGCGUCAGAGUCAUUUGAUAAUGAUACAGACCAGUUACUCAACGAAAAUGAGCAGCUAUCAGAUCUCAACCAAUACAUUGUACAAAAGGAAGAGGAACUAGAACUCAUUAGCAAGACACAGGCUCAGUACCAACAAAUGAAGGAAAAGUACGACUCGCGAUUAAAAGAACUAGAAGUACAACUCAUUGAAAUGAAGGAAGAACGAGAAAGAGAGUUGAAAACAUUGGAAACUAAAAAGAAGGGUGAUAAUCCUAGUGCUGCCACACCCAACUCACCAGAAUACGACUCGGAGAAACAACGGUUGGUACAGUUAUACGAAAAGAAGUUGUCAGAGUUAAAGAAUCAAUUAGAGAACCAUAUGAAGUCGAGAAAAGAGCAUCAACGAUUACUCGAACUCAAGAACAAGUCGGAUGAAAAGAUUGAAUUGCUCAAUAAUGACAUUCGAGACAUGAAACGACAAAAGAGCGAAAUGAUCAAGCGUAUGCGUGACGAAAUGAAAAAGAAAGAUGAAGCCAAACAAGUACAACAAAAGGAAUUGGAAGCUCUCAAAAAGGAACAGAAAAAGAGUGAAAUCUUGAUUGAUCAACUUAAAAACCAAUCGAAAAAGAAAGAUCUAUUAUUACAGAAAAAGAUUGAUGAAAGCGAAGUCAUCAAAAAGAAAUUAAAAAAUUUGGAAUCAAAACCUUCAAAGUCAACAACUUCUACAAUAAGUAAACCACCUGCUGCUCCUAUUAAAAGUAAUAAUAAUAGUUCAUUUAAAUCAAAAACUACUUCCUCUUCAACAACGACCAAACCUUCCACUGCAACAACUUCAAGUAAAACAGUUUCUACUUUAUCACAAAAACAACAACAAACAACAAAUUGGAGAGAAUGGUUACAAAGUCAAGUUAAUAGAACAUUGGCAAAGAAUGAAUUGACUGAUCAGUUGGAUCGAUACUUGUCGGCCAAGGACAUGUAUGUCAAAGAGUCGAACCGAUUGAAACAACAGUAUUCGUCGGCUGGCAAUAAGAUGACCCGUCCAGAAUACAACGAACAGUGGCAAUUCAUAGAGUCCAACAUCAAGACGCAAAACGAAAAGAUUUCACGUGUCCAAAAGGAUUUGGCAAUCAUAUCGGAUGACUGUCUCGACUCUGCCGAGAUUAUGAGAAAGAUUUCAACUACACCCUAUGAAAAGUUGCCUUCUCUUAUUCAAGCUUCGUUUGAACUUUGUGUUGAAUAUGCAGAAACCAACAAACAACCACAGAUUAGUCCUCCUCAACCAACACAAUCAGCAAUGUCAAAUGUUAUGGUUGCUGCUGGUAGUGGUAAAAUUAAACCUUCUCCAUCAAAUGAUAAUAUGUUGGAAAUGCGUGUAGCAUCUUCAACACUUAUCCAAGGUAUCAAGGAUGCCAAAAAACAAGAAGAGGAACGUGAAAAGCAACAACAAAUGAUAUUAGAGUCAAAGUUGAUCAAUGAAAUCAACCAAGAUAAAAAAUUAAACAAUCAAAUGCAACUACAUCUUCCAGAGACUAUGGCCGACUUGUCUCCUCCUGUUCCUUCACUCCCAACUUUUACUCCUUCUCCUCCGAGUACAACAACAACAACAACCUCAUCCAACGAUAUUGAUUUCCUUAAAGAAAUUGAAGAAUUACAACAAAAAAUUAGGCAAUCAUCUUUAUCUUUUCCCGAUGAUCAAUUAUUGGAACAAAAACAACAACCCAACAACCAUAAUCCUAUUACUUCACAAUCCAAUUUAAUAUCACCAACUAGUACAACUAGUACAACUACACCUUUAACUUCCUCAUCCUCUACUACUACGACGACUACAUCAAAAACAACAGAAUCAAAAGUAGAUCAACUUUUAGAUGAAUUAAAAUCUGCCAAAGAGAGAUCACAAAAUCGUCAUCAACUUCGACGAAAUAAUAGUAGUAAUCUUUCAAGUACCAAUUUAACUAGUAUAUCUGUUACACCUUCACCUCCUUCUGCUUCCACUCUGCCAUCACCAAUGAUGAGUCAAAGUUUACCAAGUAAUCUUGGUGGUAUUGGUGAUGAUGAAAAUAUUGUAUUCGAUCAAAAUAUUCUCGAUGUCGAUAUGGAUUCUAAAAAGAUAUCAAAUUCUCCCAAGUCAUUGUCUUCUACUACAAUGAUGAGUGGACAAAGAAAAGGUAUUGGAUUAUCGGCAGACAAUAUUCCAGUCUUGUUAAAUAGUCCAACUUCUGCACAAGAGAAUGAUGUGUUUGCUAGAUUGUCUGCACCACGACCCGACAGCAGACUCAAGAAAUAUCGUGAUAAACUCAAAGGCGAUGUCUACCGCCAAUCAAUAUCCACCAAGAAACAAGACUCUACAGACAACUUUUUGCGAUCCAAUUGGAGUUUUACUGGCCAUGACGGCAGUGUGCUCUGUCUGGUCUACCAUAAUGGCGGACAAGACGAAGGCAGUGGAUCGUCUGGAAUAUUGUAUAGUGGAGGACAAGACAAGAUCAUCAAAUUGUGGGAUCUGAAUAGCGGCGAUUGUAUUGGUGAUUUGCAAGGUCAUAGCGGACCCGUCCGAUCAAUGACUGUGCAUACAGCCAGUGGACUGUUGUUCUCUGGUGGGUCAGACCGCGUCGUCAAAAUCUGGGACACUAGAAUGAAUAACAAUAGCAGCAGUAGCAGUAGCAGCAAUAGUAGUAGUACAACAGCAGCAAUCGCACCUCUAAAAAUACCAAAUGAACUAUUAUGUAUGGUUUCGUAUGGAAACUAUGUGUUUGGUGGUAUGGAGAAUUGUUCGGUCAAGCCCCAUCAUUUGGACGGUGUCAACAGCCUUUGCGUGGUGGGUGACGAGGCUAUCAUCAGUGGCUCUCGUGACAAGACUAUCAAACGUUGGGAUGCCGUCCAAUCACCCCCGUCCCCUCCUCCCAACUACCAACAAACUAAAAUUGCGAGCAAUUCACACCAGGAUUGGGUUACAUCUUUGGCGUAUCACAAUGGACAGCUCUACUCGAGUGGUCGAGACUCAACUAUAAAAGGUUGGGAUCCAUCAACUCUGCUGGCGAGCACCUCCAACCAUCUGCUCCUUGGUCACGAAUCGGCCAUCAAUUGUAUCAUAAGUCAAGGCUCAAACUGUUUGUUAUCAGGUUCAUCUGAUAAAUCUAUUAAAUUAUGGAAAGUUUAA